GAGUAUGAAAUCACUCCGGGUGGGUAUUUCCAUCUGACGAUAAGAUAACACGUUGCGGAAAUAACUUUCACUGUGCAACUAAUUUUGUCAUAAUAAAGUGGCAUUGAACAUAAUAAUUAAAACAAAAAUUUUGAAAUAAAUAGGCCUACACCUAUUGAAGUAGGUAAUAACUGAAAUGUGGUCUCAUCACGAGCUGCAUCCACUAUUCAACGAGCUGACGCUUAGCAAAAUUUUGUCCAACCUCUCACUCCCUGAUCUGCUAGAAUGUCGCUUGGUGUGUCAAACGUGGGCAACAAAUCCCGAAAUUAUGCGACGAAUGGGAGACGAAGUAACAAUUUGUUUAAACACUUAUCCAAUUCUGGACAAAUUUAUUCAGUUCAUUACCGAAUGGGACGACUUACUCGGAAAUAACGCAUCCUUUCCUUUCAAACGGUUCGACUUCCACUUCACCGUCCAAUGUCACCCGCUCUGCGACAGUGCACACGCCCUGAGUGAAAGUGAAGCGGAAGCAGCCGCCCUCGGAAAAGGAAAGCUGGCUCAACUAUUUCAAAAAAUGAAAGAUUCCUCGUCCUGGUUGCGGGUAAAAUUUCUAAAAUUAACUCUGGAUAAGACACAUCUUGCCAAGGAUGGGCUUCAAUCUCUCCUGUUGUCCAAUCCCUCCGUGACCGAGCAUCUGGAAACCCUUCACAUCUACAAUUUGUCUCACAGAGCCGUUUUUUCGCAAGGUUUUCUCCCCUCUUUCGAGAAAGCCGGCCUUCUUAGGAAUCUCCGAACCCUCAUUAUGGACGAGAUCCGCAUCCCUAUUACCGAAUUCAUGUCCGAUUUCCUCUCCCAGUGCGGAAAUCUGGAAGAAAUCGUGCUAAAAUGUGACAAAAGGAGUGAUUGGGAGAAUCAGAAAGGGAUUUGGAAAGAACAUUCUCCUCUAGCGACCUCAUUUAUCAAAGGAUUGGUCCAAAUCUGUCAAAAUAAAGCAUCAAAGUUGAGAGUGAUGCGGUGCGGAAUUCUGGACCUGACUCAUUUCCUCCUCCUGACCCAACUGGGGGCGAAGGGACUGUUACGUUUGACCCACCUGGAGAUGUACUGUCCUGCGAAGGACGUGUCGCCCGACGUGGUGCGAGACUUUCUUGAAACCCAGGCCACCUCUUUGAGGGUGUUAAGGGUCCUCGGAAACGUGGACAAGUUGAGAAGAGCAGUGGGGAAUAAUAGUGCUGGAAAUCAGAAAGAUUUAUCUCCCGAGUUUGUUCUAGUCUUACCGGAGAAAAUGGAUGUCCUGACCGAGUUCCAGUUAUCCGGGAGAGAUAAGGACACCCCAAUUCCGGUCAAGUCACUUUGCUUCAACAGUGUCCAAUUUCCAUACUUGACAAGUCUAAUUGUGUGCGGAUUUGCGACAAAUUUGGGCGACAGGAUGGAUGACUACUUUCCCCCAGUGUGGAGGAUGAUGAAAGUCAAUUCAUAUUGUGGCACGUUGAGAAAGUUGGUGCUUCCAGCGGAAAUAAGAGAUUCUGAAUUUCCGGCUAGAGUUGUCCAGUUAUUUCCGAAUGUGACCGAGUUGGAGGUCAAAUAUCCGAAUAGUGACUUUCUCUCGGCAGUAUUUAAAAGUUUCCGGAAAUUGGCAAGCUUGAUAAUACUGGCAGAAUCAAGCCUCUCGAUUGAACGGGGGAUGAUUGGGGAUGAUCAUUCCGAUGGUAUCGACAGUUUGACAAGGUUGAAAAGUCUGAAAAUCACGGUAGAGACGGAACACCAUGAAGUUCCUUCUGCAUUAACGGAUCAAGUCGCUUACGCAGCAUUAGUGAGGAUGAAAACGUUGAGGAAAUUGGUGCUAAUCUCGUGCUGCUGGUUUGAUGGGCCUUUUUCUUGCAAUUUUUUCUCGCAGAAAUGCCGGCAAGAUUUGGUACAAGAAAUGGAAAAUUGCGUCAUUAUCUUCACACCCCUGGAGAAAACGACUUGUUGUUUGGAAAAUUCGGGAGAAACAGUAGCAGAGUUUUACGGGUCAUAACUUUAUAACAUUUUUUAUUAUGCACUUUAUA